CUCACCAGUAUCUCUCUCUCUCUCUCUCUCUCUCUCUCUCUCUCUCUCUCUCUCUCCAUAUUCUUCACUUUCUCAUUGCUGUAGAGGCACAACGAUGAGCUCCAUAGUCGAGAGCAUCCAAAAGAGCACCUCCAUAAUUCCCAGGAUCCUCCCAAACCAAGCCCACCGUGACCUUCCACUCUCACAACCACGCUCCACCACUCAUGAGGAGCAAGCUGGUGGGGAUGGCGGCAGCGGCGGCGGCUUGAGGAGGAGGAUAAUGUCUUCUCUUUCUCUCAGGAUUCAACCCAACUCUUAUCCUUCAGCUCCUUCCUGGCCAUUCCGCAGAUCCAAGUCCAUGUCCUCCAUUGGAGACCAAGCAGGCAAUUCGAUCAGGAAGUGGUGGGAGUGGGGUUGGUCUUGGAUCACGUCGAGAAAGCCAGUCUUCGCCCAAGAUCUGGAGAUGAACGAGGAAGAAAUCAGGGUCCUCGGCGGCUUCCAGAACAGAGGAAGCUGGAGACAUGUUCUGUACAAGGUUAGGUCCGAGAUCCGAAGGAUUGUUCGAUCCGACAACGUGGGUCUCCCCCAAACUAUCAAAUGAUUACUCAAGGUUCGUACGUACGUACGACAACUAUAAAUUAUCCAUGAAAUCUCGACGACGACGACGACGCAGUCAUGCAAGCGCCAGGAGAAAGUGAAAAGAUCCAGAGAUAUGCAGUGCGUUUUGUGGGAUUGGCCAAUGUUUAUUACUUCUAUUCUUUGGUUAGUUGAGUGAGUUAAAUGGACAGAGUUGCUAUGUAAUUAGAGUGAAUAUAUCCAAGUUAUUACUUCCCUA